CAAACAGUUUAAAUCGAUUAGUAACCUUAAUAUUUUCGUUUCGUUCAACACGGUGUUAUCAAAGUUCUGAUAAACUUUGCACUUUUGGACGCGUCUUUCUUGUUGUGCCCAAAAAUAUCCGUCAAUCGUACGAUUGCUGUAUAAAGAAUCGAUUCUUUGAGGUGUUAAGAUCAUCAUAAAAAGUAAUUAAGAAAAUGAAAAUCGUGUGGCUUCUCUUGGCUUACGCGUGGUGCGUUCAAGCACAUCAUCCUUUAUCCGAUGAAUUCAUCAACCUGAUUAACGUUAAACAAAAUACAUGGACUGCGGGGAAAAACUUCGACGAGAAAAUUCCGUUGAGUUAUUUUACGAAAUUAAUGGGAGCUUUACCUGAAACAGUUAAAUUGCCGUACCAAGAAUCACUUUUAGGAGUUGAAGAUAUUCCGGAAAAUUUUGAUUCGCGUGAAAACUGGCCUAACUGCCCAACCAUAAGAGAGAUUAGAGAUCAGGGGUCAUGUGGAUCAUGUUGGGCGUUUGGAGCUGUUGAAGCUAUGUCAGAUCGCGUUUGUAUCCACUCAAACGCUACGGUUCAUUUUAGAUUUUCAGCAGAUGAUUUGGUUUCUUGUUGCUAUACUUGCGGAAUGGGCUGUAAUGGAGGAUUUCCUGGAGCUGCUUGGCAUUAUUGGGUCCGAAAAGGUUUAGUUUCUGGAGGUAAUUAUGGCUCAAAUCAGGGUUGUCGUCCUUAUGAAAUUGCACCAUGCGAACACCAUGUUAAUGGAACAAGACCACCAUGUAGUGCUGAAGGAAAAACACCGAAAUGUACAAAACAAUGUCAAGAAUCUUACCCAAUUACUUACAAAAACGAUUUACACCAUGGAAAAACUGCAUAUUCAAUUCGCAGUAAGGAAUCAGACAUUCAAAAAGAAAUUAUGACUAAUGGACCAGUUGAAGGAGCUUUUACUGUUUAUGCAGACCUAUUAAACUAUAAAAGUGGAGUUUAUCAACAUGUUGAAGGAAGUGCUUUAGGUGGACAUGCAAUAAGAAUUUUAGGCUGGGGUGUUGAAAAUGGAAACAAAUAUUGGCUUAUUGCUAAUUCAUGGAAUUCUGAUUGGGGUGAUAAUGGUUAUUUUAAAAUGCUAAGAGGAAAAGAUCAUUGUGGUAUCGAAAGCAGCAUCACUGCUGGUUUACCAAAAUUUUAAUUUGAAAAAUGUUGUAAAUAAGAUAUCAGUUUGUUUUCUAAUUUUCAUUUAUAUUAAAAACCUUUGUUGUUGCGUAGAAUGCCUUAUAAUAAUAUAAAAUAAGUACAUACAA